GUCAGGGUAUGACUGAUCUGUAAGGCUCAAGUCUAUAAGCAUUGAGUCAAGUGCUCUUCAGGCCUCUUCAUCACAUUAAUUUGAGUUUGAGUGGACACUUUAUUACUCAAAUGGAUCUCCAUCGGACAGCCUUUAAGAUGGAGAACUCCUCCUACAUGCCCAGCCCGCUGACCUCCCCUGCCCUCAUGGUCCUGGCAUCAACAGCCGAGGCUGGACGAGAUGCCUCUGUACCCUGCCAGCCCCGUCGGCCGUUUGGAGUGCCAGUCACUUUGGAAAAGGACAUGCACCUCCCGUUCCCCAGUGGCUCAUACACCUUUGCCUCCAUGUAUCAUCGACAAGGAGGAUUUCCUUCUCAAGACUUUCCUACCCCUCUGCUCCACCUUCACCAACAGUUUGCUCCACCCAAUCUGGACUGUUCACCUCUGGGUAUGUUCAACCACAGAGCAGUGGGGGUCUUCCGGCCGUUCUCCUCCCCACCUGAGGAGUGUGAUGCAGGGUCUUACCAGUCUGCCUUCUUCCCUGCCAAGCGCUUGAAGGGCUGUAUAGAACCAGAAACAUCACCCCACCUCCGCUAUACAGAUGUGGAGGGAAAAGAUUUUGACUUUGGUGGUGCUCGUGUCCCUACUGGUUCACCAAACACCCUGAAGGUAGCUGAGGAUGAUGGGAAGAAGCUCUUUGGUUUGUCUGGACUGUUGGCAGAGGGUUCAUCUGGCCCAGAGGAGCACAAAGAACCAAGUAAAGUGAAGGCCCUGUACGACACUCAGACGCCCACGUGUCCAAUCUGUCAUGCUGUGCUGCGGCCAGGAGAGCUGCAAGAACACAUGGAGCAGGAAAUGGAGCGUCUAAUGCAGCUGCACAAUAGUCAGGGUCCCGCUCAAAAGGAGUGUCUUUCUGUUGGUGUGCCUAAGACUCUGUUCUCAAUGCAUAUAAAGAGAGAGGGUUCCUCCUCUGCCUCCUCUCCACGUCCCGGAGAUGAGGCUGUGCACUCGGACAGGUACCAGACAUUUUUGCGAGUACGAGCAAACAGGCAAACAAGACUCAGUGUUAAGGAGCUCUGCUGGUGCAGGUGCUACGCCAAACAGAAAGUGAAAUCUGUUCAUGAUUGGACUGACUGUGGAUUCCCACAUGUUUCCUCUUGCCCACUGUCUGCACGAAUUGGGAAACUGAAAAGACGGAAAGCAGAAGAAGAUCAGAGAGACAGUGUGUGUGUUGUUGAUGAUGGCUCUGUGCUGACAGCCGGGAGGGAUUUCGAAUGGGCCGAACAGAGAAGAGUAGAGAUGGUUUCUGUUCUCAGAGGCUUCAGCGGUUUGGUGAGCAGCACAUUGAAAGAACAUCAGGACAGUGAUGCAGAUCUGGAUGUGGACGGUGAUGAUACUUUGAAAUAUGGAAAAGCACAAUACACAGAGGCAGAUGUGAUUCCGUGUUCAGGAAAUGAACCCAGAGAUGCAGAGGAGAGGCAGGCGUUAAGAGGAGCUGUUUUAAAUGAUGACACAACUAGCAGGUUAUCUCCAGAGCAAACCAAGUUGGCAAACUCAGAAACUCCUACUACAAGCAAUGGAGAGUUUAAGAACAAUAGAAGCACAACAUCUCCAACAACCUGUAAGAACAGCGAGUUAGAGAUCUUACCGGAGGACCCCUCCCUCAGUACGCUGGAGGUCCUGAAAACACGGAUCAGAGAUCUGGAGAAGCAGCUCACACGAGGGGACAGGUUCAAGUGUCUCAUCUGCAUGGACUCCUACACAGUACCUCUGACCUCCAUCCAGUGCUGGCAUGUCCACUGUGAGGAAUGCUGGCUUCGCACCUUGGGAGCUAAGAAACUGUGUCCACAGUGCAACACUAUCACCUCACCCGGGGACCUGAGACGAGUGUAUUUGUGAAGAGUUACAGCUGUGCUGUCAUCUGCCUGUUUGCACUCUACACAAACGGAUCACUUUUACUGAGGGGAACCUUUCUGGGCUGAUGCAAAACUUAGAGGACGUCUUGCCUAACAGAGUCAUUGCCCAAAAGGUUCUUUCAGAAUGCAACCCAGUUACAUGAAGACCACUGUGUUCAUUUCUUAAUGAAAUGGUAAAGUUUUAAAGUACAAAUCUGCCGUAACAAUAUUGUAAGGACAGUAAAACUGAUCACAAAAUGCUUCUAUGUAUAAAAUCUUGUUUUAUAAAAUAUUAAGUUAUUCUCAUUGAGAAAGUUCUAAAGCAAUCUGUCAAACAGUUUUGUGAAUGUUUACACUGAAGAGUUCUUUUCUCAUUUGGAUCUAGCAGUGCUGAUAUCUGAAAUGGCAACUUCUAAAUCAUUCAUAAACUGUUUUGUGUAGAAUGUGAAAAUUUCAUCCUUAUGAAACUGUAAUUUAAUAUUGAAUGGGAUUCUUUAAAUAUGGUUUAAGAUAAAUGAUCAUUUCAGCUGUUACACAGGUGGUAUACCGUAGUGUAAUUGUUUAUAUCAUGAUUUUUUUUUUGUUUCAUUAUCCCCUUAUGCUUACCAUGCGUAAAAUCUCAAAGACAGGAGACUGAAUAUGAUGCAAAAUUACAAAGCCAUUCUCACCAGGUUUGUAGAUUCAAAAAAGUGAUAAUUUUAUCAAACAGUUCACGCAUAAAUAAAAAUAGGUUCAGCAACAGAUAUUCUGAGUUGAAGUAGUUCCCUGUAUAUUUUGGACUUUUUUUUUUGCUCUUCUGCUUCAACUUUUAAGAUGCUGUGCAGAUGUAAUUGUCUACUUUCCUGUAAUGAAUGAAUGAAUGAUUGACAGGUUAUUGUAUUGAUAUGUACUGUACAGCAGAGCUGCAUCGAAGAACACGUGCUUCCCCUUCCUUAGCAGGUGGAAUUGAAUCUAAAUGCAGGUUAUGGACGCUGAGGUUGAUCUCUGCUUAGCCUUCACUCUCUCUCCACUGCCAAGCAGAAUAAAGGUCUGUUAGCACUGAGUCACUCUAUGACAUUAUGACUCAAGGAACUAAGCUCAGAACUAACAGAAAAGGAAUUCAAUUUCCUUUGUGGUAUUUUAGCAAUAGUUUUGUUACUCUAGUCAAGUUACUACAGGUAACUGAAAGAUCGUGAAGCACUUUUGAUAGAACUAAAAUAGAAAGAAACACAAAACCAGCUUUGUUUUAUGAUGAUGCAUUUUGUACAGACCCAUCUGUUUUUCUUUGAUAAAAAAAAUAAAAAAUCUAA